AAGAAGCCCGGGCCGGGGCGCAGUGAAGAGGGGCGCGUUGGAGAGGGGCGCAUUGGAGAGGGGCGCGCUUGGCCCCCCAAAAUCACAUCACUUGUGGUGGUGGCAGAGGCGAACCGGCGUCCAAGCAGUAGUACCGGCACCCAAGCAGCAGCAGCACCGGCAGAAAGAGCGGGCUCAAACGCCAGGGAGGACGCCUUCACCUCCGCAGUACCGAUGGGGACGGGAAGACUUUAAAAGGAGUUUUGCGUUUCCAGGAGCGGGGAGAUCACGGCGCCCGGGGCCCGGGGCCUCGCCCGGUCCUUGAUGGGCAACCAGCUGGACCGCAUCACCCGGCUCAACUACAGCGAGCUGCCCACGGGGGACCCGUCGGGGGUGGAGCCGGACGAGCUGCGCGUCGGGGUGGCCUACUUCUUCUCGGACGAGGAGGAGGAGGAGGCGGAGGAGCAGCAGCAGCAGCAGCAGCAGCAGCAGCAGCAGCAGCAGCAGCAGAUGCAGCAGCAUCACUGGGGCCCGGGGAGGGCCCUCCCGAGCCCCCCGGCCCCCGGGUGCGGCCUGCGGCCCCUGCAGCCGCCGGACCCCCGGGAGACGCAGUUCUCCGCCUUCAGGGGGGACGAGUGCAUCUUCUCCAAGGCCAUCGGGGGCCCGCUGGGGGCCGACCUCAGCGUCCACCCGGUGGCCGCCCUGCAGGACCUGUGCCGGCCGGGGGACCUGCUGGAGCUGCUGCUGCGGCCGGGGGAGCCGGCGGAGCCGGGGGAGCGGCCGGAGCCCCCGCACUGGGCCGUCUACGUGGGCGGGGGGCAGAUCGUGCACCUGCUGCGGGGCCAGAUCCGCCAGGACCGGCUGGCCGAGGCCGGGGCCGGCCGCGUGGGCCGCCUGGUCACCGGCUGGUACCGCUUCCCCCCGCUGGUGGCCGAGCUGGUGGUGCAGAACGCCAGCGGACACCUGGGCCUGCGCCGCGACGAGAUCUGCUGGGCCGACUCCGAGAGCUUCGCCGCCUGGUGCCGCUUCGGCAAGCGCGAGUUCAAGGCCGGCGGCGAGGGCCGGCCCCCCCGCGCCCGGGACCCCGCCGCCGCCGCCGCCGCCGGCCCGCCCCCCGCCGCGCCCAGCCGCUACUGCCUCCGCGCCCACCGCCGCGGGGACGCCCGCGUCCACACCGCCUGCUUCCACCGCCUGGAGGACCUCAUCCGCGAGAAGCGACGGAUAGACGCCGGGGGACGCCUCAGGCUCAUCCAGGACCGGGAACAUCGGCUCAGGGCCAAGGACUAGCCCGGGGGAGGACUGGACCCCCCUCGUCCAAGAUCUCAUGUCCGGCUCGCCCUCCCGAAUCUCGUGCCCAUCCCCGACAACCUCCCCGUCUCCGGCCCUCUCCCUCCUCCCAGACCUCGCCUCCAUCUCUGACAACCUCCCUCCCUCUCCCCGUCCGUCCUCUCAGAUCUCACGUCCCUCUCUGACA